GAAAACAUUGCUCAAGGUCUAAAUUGCUGCAGGCCAAGGUUGUUAACCUUAGAGCGAAGAAGGAUCCCAUUCGCCGAGGAGGAAAAAGUAUUCUGCACUGUGAUUGGCGGAUCAGUCCGGAAAGAUUGGGGUAGGCAUCAGCUUAUCUUUCAAUUCUGCGACGACAUUCAACAACAGUUCUAACAUCACACCCAAAUAUCGAAUAUCGAGUGGUGGUGAUCGAUGUCAUUACCCCAAAGUUAACUCCGAAAUGUCAUCACCAAUCUCCAGCCCAAUUCUUUCACUCGCAGAAAUUCGAGAUGCCCGUGAACUUGCUGCUAUUACGACCAGUGCUUUUGAAGUUAGCGACACUAUAUAUCCGAUUACAUGGGGAAACACCGAUCCUGGGGCUCACGAUACCGCUGUAAUGUUGUUGUUCAAUCCGAUGCAGAGUGAAACUAUAGUUACGUGGAAGGUAGAGAUUGAUGGGAAGAUUGUGGGUUAUGCUCGGUGGUCAUUACCUGAGAUUUGUAAAGUCACAGAGGGCAAUGCGGUUGGAAAAAAUGGUGAAGAUGAUAAAAGCGCCUCAGCACAACACAAGAAGAAGGUAGAGGAGGGAUGGAAGACACCUGAUGGUAUGAACUUUGAUUUAUUCAUAAAAAAGGUGAAGAGUACGGUUCAGUGUAAGAAACGUGAUUGUAAUGCAGAAAAAGACAUGUUUCUUCAUCUCUGUUUCGUUGAUCCAGCGUACCACAAACAAAAAAUAGGAAAUUUGUUACUGCAGUGGGGACUGAGUACGGCGGAUAAAGAAGGCAGAAAAAUAUAUUUGGUUAGCACUCCCCAAGCCAGGGUUUUCUAUGAGAAGAGUGGAUGGCUCGUGAAGGAAAAUCUAGCGAUAAAUCUAGAAGUAUAUGGGGGAAGAGGAAUUUAUCAACGGAGUUGGAUGAUCAGGGAAGCUCGAGACAAAGAGGGCUUGUAGGUCUUUGAUUGUGUAUCUUUAUGCAUCCGGGUUCGCCAUUGAAUUUUACAAGAAACUAAACCUGCUGAUGAUGUGUUUCA